AUGAGCCUCAUUCGUAAUUAUAAUUACCAUUUAAGGUCAGCAAGCCUAGCAAAUGCAUCCCAGCUUGACACGACAGCUUUGAAAAUGUUACAAAAAUUGUCGAUCAGUCCAAGCUACAUUCCUUCAAAUUUUACGUUUGGAAAUAAUCCAUUACUUUCUUCGCUUGUUGUAAAAGAUAUGGAAAAUGUUCCAUUUGUCGUUGAAAAUAAAAAAUUUGAAGGACUAAUAAAUUUAAAAAAUUUACAUUUGGAAUAUAAUUCGAUUAGCGUAAUUGAGAAAUAUGGAUUAGCAACGAUAGCCAAUUUAGAGUCAUUGGAUUUACAAAAAAAUUUGAUCGAAAAUAUUGAGGAUUUAUCGUUCCAGAAUUUAACCAAGUUGAAAUUUCUGCACAUCGAUGGCAAUCGAAUUGAACAUAUAAGCCUAGGAGUUUUUCAUAAUUUUCGUACAUUAUAUUUCUUAGAUAUCGCUGAAAACCCAUUGAAAGAAUUUGUUCCAAGUAAGAAAUUUCCUGAAAAGCCGCCACUACCAUACCUAACAUCAAUGCAGUGGAGUGGUACGAGUUUAAAUGCCGAUAAUUUUAAAUAUGCUCGAAGUCGCCUGCUAGUAAAUAUGUUCGUAUGCUGUAGCAGUAAUCUUAUUAAUAAGUUUUAUUUUUCCAAAGCAGAAUUUCUUGGCUUUUAUUAA